AUGUCGAGGCGGGUCCAGAUCGACGAUUCCAACCCUCAGCCUCCCCAAAACGACGACGUUCCAGAGGAUGACUCGUCUUCUGUUCAACGCGACGAACCGGAAGAGAAGAUCCGUAAACGGGACUACAUGGACAUCCGUUCUCACCCCAACUUGAUGAGGCUUUUGAACAAGCAAGGGGACCAGAUUGUUCUAUUUGCAGAUAAAGUUUUGAAAUUCACUGGUUCUGGGAAGAUGAAACACCGAUAUCUGAUGAUUACGGAUUUUGCGAUUUACCUCAUUGACCCUGAGUCUGAUUCCCUUAAACGAAGGAUUGCCCUUGCAGCUGUUGAGAAGAUUUGUGUCAGUGAACUAAGUGACAACUUUCUUGCGGUUAUGAUUCCCACAGAGUAUGAUUUGCUUAUAGCUAGCGCUAGAAAGAAUGAAAUCAUCACUGCCUUUGUUGAAGCUUAUGAACCUGAGGUCGUUUCUUCCAACAGGUUUGAGUAUAAUGCGGCAUCUGACUUGGUUAAGGAGAUUGAGUUUGAGGAAGUUGAAGGCGGCGUCAAAACAAGAAUUUUGAGGAAGUGA